UAUGACAUUACAUUGCAAUUACAAACUUCUUUUUGUUUGUAGAUAACUCCCAUGCAUGUGGAGAAUGCUCGAGAAGUCCCAGAGUAUGAGAUUGAUCCUUCUGAACUCGAUUUUACUAAUAGUGUUUGCAUAACAAAGGGAACUUUCCGGAUUGCAUUAUGGCGUGGAACUCAGGUUGCUGUCAAGACACUUGGGGAGGAAGUGUUCGCUGAUGAUGAUAAAGUAAAAGCAUUUCAUGAUGAGCUUACAUUGCUUGAGAAAAUAAGGCAUCCAAAUGUAGUUCAGUUUUUGGGUGCUGUAACCCAAAGCACCCCAAUGAUUAUCGUCACAGAAUUUCUACCCCAGGGGGAUCUUCGUGCAUACAUGAAGCGGAAAUGUGCAUUAAAACCAGUAACAGCUGUAAAAUUUGCACUUGAUAUUGCUAGGGGUAUGAACUAUUUGCACGAACAUAAACCUGAAGCCAUUAUACACCGAGAUCUUGAGCCUUCGUAUGUUUUACACACUCCUACCCUGUCUAGUUGAUUUUAUCAUUCUUCCUCCACGUGUGUGAAGUGUCAUGGAUUUUUCAGUUGAAACAUGCAUUUUUCAUUCAUUCUUUGAAUGGUUGAAACUGUUUAAAGUUUCUUCAUUGUACUUGAGUAAGACAACAGAAAUAUUUUGCGGGAUGAUUCUGGGCAUCUGAAAGUUGCAGACUUUGGAGUUAGCAAGUUGCUUAAAGUCGCUAAAACAGUCAAGGAAGACAAACCCGUGACAAGCCUGGAUACAUCAUGGCGAUACGUUGCACCAGAAGUCU